AUGAUGGCAGGCAAUUCAGAUCCUCCUGAUAAAAAGUGUCGUUAUUGUGGAAAAUUAGUUUCAACAAAUGAUAUUAAAUGCAUAAAUCCAAAGUGCGAUAUUACAAUUCAUAUAAAGUGUGCAGAUGCGAUUUUAAGAGUUGUUGAUUUUGAUAAAAACUGUUUCCGUUGCCGAAAGUGUCUUGAGGAAUAUAAUUGUGAAUUGAAAUCUAAAGGAAAAUGUGAGUCCAACAGCGAUACAAUGCUAUUAAAUAAAGAAAUUGAAUGUUUGACUAGAGAAAAACAAAUAUUAGAAAAGUAUGUAAAUGAACUAGAAUAUUUAAAUGCCAUCCUAAAAUCAAAAGUUCCUGUAAGUGCUACUUCAUUAUCACAAACCAGUUCUUUUUUGCCGCAAAGUGAUAAGAAUGUAAAAAGUUACUCAGCUGCUGCCAAAAUAAAGGUAAAUUCCGAUUCGGUGUUAUUGGUCAGGUCAAUGAACCAAAAUAUUAAAAAUAUACAGGUGGAAGCAGAUAUUAAAUCCAAGGUGAAUCCUCGUGCUGCAAAUGCGAAUGUGGUAGGGACAAAGCUUAUCAAGAAUGGUAUUCUUAUAAAUUGUAGUGAUUCUGCAUCUCUAGAUAAUUUAAAAAAAUGUAUUAACUCUAAAGUAGGAAAAGCAUACACCGUUACUGAACCAAAGAAGUUUAAGCCAAGACUUAUGAUUCAUAAUGUAAGUUCAUCAUCUGUGGAGCAACCAAAUUUAAUAAAUGAAAUUAUAGAAGCCAAUCAACUAAAUGUGACUACAAAUGAUUUAAAAAUUAUCACCAAAAUGAAGUAUAAGGAUGUCUUUAAUGUGGUACUAGAGACAUCAGCUGAACUCUUUCAUGAUAUCACUAACAAAGGUUUUCUUUAUGUAGGCUGGGUUAAAUGUUAUGUUAAAGAACACUUUAGCUUAACGAAAUGUUUUAAAUGUUGCAAAUUUGGUCAUCACAAAACAGACUGUCACAGUGAAAUUACAUGUCCCAAAUGCUCCGGUCCUCACGAAAAAAAUGCUUGUACAUCUGAAUCGUUGUGUUGUAACAAUUGUAAAUUAUUUAAUUCUAGGUUUAAGUUAAACGUUAGCACUGAUCAUUCCACAAACAGCCCUAACUGUAGUUACUUAUUAAACAGAAUAGAUAAUCUUAAAUCUAGGACUGAUUAUGGCUAG